AUGGCGGGGUUAAGCGUGCGAGAGGAGUUGGACUCACUGCUACUGCAGCUGCUCCGGGACUUUGAAGAACUAGAGGCGAAGCGGGCAGCUUUGAACGCCCGAGUAGAGGAGGGUUGGUUCUCGCUCUCCAAGGCUCGUUACGCCAUGGGUGCCAAGUCUGUGGGUCCUCUGCAGUAUGCCUCCCACAUGGAGCCCCGCUGUUGUGUCCACACUAGCGAGGCUCAGGAUGGACUCCAGAGGCUGUGGAUGGUGAAGACGGCCGGUCGGAGACCAGAAGACGUGGGCCCACAAGAGCCAGCUCUGCGAAGACGAAAGGGCCUUUCUAAGACUCCACAGCCAGAGCCCUCAGCAGGUGCUCAGGAUCCCCUGAACUGGUUUGGAAUUCUGGUUCCUCAGAGUCUGCGACAGGCACAAACCAGCUUCCAGGAGGGCCUGCAGCUCUCUGCAGACAUGGCCAGCCUCCAGAUCCGCAUCAGCUGGAAUCAAAGACAGUUCCAGGAACUCCAAGAGAAACUCAAACAACUUGAACCUGGUCCUGCCUGA